AUGUCGACUUCCCCACCAGCAGCCACUCCGCGCAAGCCAAUGCCCUCUGCACUGACCUUCGACCUCCAUGCUAAGUGUUCAACUACCAAGGCUCGAGCCAGUACCCUUAAACUUCCUCAUGGCUCGGUCCCUCUCCCGAUCUUCAUGCCGGUUGCAACGCAAGCAUCCCUCAAAGGACUGACAUACGACCAACUCAAGGAAACAGGGUGCAUGCUGUGCUUAAACAAUACGUAUCAUCUAGGGUUGAAGCCAGGACAGGCAGUGUUGGACGCGGUAAACGGCGCGCAUAAGUUACAAGGAUGGGAUCGGAACAUCCUGACGGAUAGCGGAGGCUUCCAGAUGGUUUCUCUGCUUAAACUAGCCAAUGUCACGGAGGAGGGUGUUCGAUUUCUUAGCCCUCACGACGGCACCCCCAUGCUACUUACUCCCGAACACUCCAUUUCCCUGCAGAAUUCGAUUGGCUCAGAUAUCAUCAUGCAGCUGGAUGAUGUGAUUGCGACUACGUCGCCUGACCGCGCGAGGAUCCACGAAGCUAUGGAACGAUCGGUGCGAUGGCUGGAUCGAUGUAUAGAUGCACAUAAAUAUCCCGAACGGCAAAACUUGUUCUGCAUCAUCCAAGGAGGACUGGAUUUAGAACUGCGCCGCAAGUGCUGUGCUGAGAUGGUGGCCCGGGAUACGCCUGGGAUUGCCAUUGGGGGCCUUUCCGGGGGAGAGGCCAAGGAGGAGUUUUGCAAAGUGGUCUACGCAUGCACCGGACUUCUCCCGGAGCAGAAGCCAAGAUACGUGAUGGGUGUGGGAUAUCCGGAGGAUCUCAUUGUAGGAGUUGCUCUCGGUGCAGACAUGUUUGACUGCGUGUGGCCGACCAGGACGGCCCGGUUUGGAAACGCGGUCGUUUCGAGCGGUAGCCUCAACCUUCGACACCACUCCUUUGCGCAGGAUUUCAGACCGGUCGAAGAAGGAUGUACUUGCACCAUCUGUCGGCCGACGAACCAAGGCGGCCUUGGGAUUACACGAGCCUAUAUUCACCAUUUGGCUACCAAGGAGACAGUGGGCGCUCAUCUACUUACGAUCCAUAAUGUCCAUUAUCUGCUAGCCCUCAUGGGUUCCGCUCGACAGGCCAUCCUGGAAGAUCGGUUCCCGGCAUUCCUCCGACAGUUCUUCCGUAAUCUCCAUGGGGAGAAAUCGAAGUAUCCCACCUGGGUGGUGGAAGCACUACGAGGGGUGGGGGUUGAUCUGAUGGAGGACUAG